AAUUAAUUAGUUGAAAGUUUUUGCCGUCUCUCCUCUCUGUCUCUCCGAGUGGCUUGGAUUCGUUUCUCGAAGCAAAGUCUCCGACUUUCAGACCGUACGUGGUCUCUCUGUCUCUCUCCGCCGUUAUCAAAGAUACCCUUUUUCGAUUCUCCCUCUCUUACCAAACUCCAACACUUUGGUCUGUUUCAUUUUAGAUUCGAAGGUUUUGUAGUGAUGGCUACGAAGAAAGUGAUAGCUAUAUGUCAAGCAGGUGGACAGUUCGUAACCAACAAAGAUGGUUUAUUAGUUUACACCAACGGAGACGCUUACGCCAUAGACAUCGAUCAUGACACAUCAUUGAGCGACUUCAGGUCCGAAUUAGCUGAGAAUUUCGGGUUUAGUUGGGAGACGAUGACCCUCAAGUACUUCCUCCCUGGAAACAGGAAAACCCUUAUCACCAUCUCUAAGGAUAAGGACUUUAAACGCAUGGUCAGCUUCUCCUUAGAUGCACCUAAUGUUGAAGUCUUUGUCUUACCUGAGGAAUCUAAAGCCAUGAUUGUGUCCAACAUGCCAGCUAGUAGGUCAAGUAGGACUACUGCAUCUGAAGCAGUGGUACCUGUAGUUUCUGCAGGAGAUAUUGUUAUGAGAGAUGACAAUGAUGAUGAUAUAACAACUAAUGAUUUUCAGAUCGAUAUGGGAGUAGUAAUGCCUGACAUAACCAGCGAUUUCCUUCAAACCGACGACAAACAACACAUCAAACCCGCACAGCAGUGGGAGAACACCAUCACCGGCGUCGACCAAAGGUUCAGCAGCUUCACGGAGUUCCGAGACGCAUUACACAAGUACUCAAUCGCCCACGGGUUCACCUACAAGUACAAGAAGAACGACAGCCACCGCGUCUCGGUCAAAUGCAAAGCGCAAGGCUGCCCCUGGCGCAUCGCCGCGUCGAGGCUCUCCACCACGCAGCUGAUAUGCAUCAAGAGAAUGAACCCGAGGCACACCUGCGAGAGAGCCGUAGUGAAAGCGGGUUACCGCGCGGCGAGAGGCUGGGUUGGGAGUAUUAUAAAGGAGAAGCUGAAGGCUUCUCCUGACUACAAGCCUAAGGACAUUGCAGAGGAUAUAAAAAGAGAGUAUGGGAUUCAGCUGAACUACUCUCAGGCGUGGAGAGCUAAGGAGAUCGCUAGAGAGCAGCUUCAAGGCUCUUAUAAAGAAGCGUAUACUCAGCUUCCCUUUCUCUGCGAGAAGAUUAAAGAGACUAACCCUGGUAGCGUUGCAACUUUCGUGACUAAAGAAGAUUCUAGCUUCCAUCGUCUCUUCAUAUCGUUCUACGCAUCUAUAAGUGGGUUUAGACAAGGCUCUCGCCCUCUACUCUUCCUUGACAGUGUUGUCUUAAACUCAAAGUACCAAGGGGUUAUCCUUGUUGCUACAGCUCCUGACGCAGAAGAUGGAGCGUUUCCAGUAGUGUUUGCGGUUGCGGAUACUGAGUCAGAAGAGAACUGGGUUUGGUUCUUGGAGAGUCUCAAAUUAGCGUUGGCUGAUUCACGGAGAAUCACGUUCGUUGCGGAUUUUCAAAACGGUUUGAAGAAUGCGUUGCCUCUUGUGUUCGGUGACGAGCACCACCAUCACGCCUAUUGCCUGCGACGCCUCGCGGAGAAGCUGAACACUGACUUGAAGGCUCAGUUCUCUCACGAGGCGAGACGGUUCAUGCUCAGCGACUUCUACGCAGCUGCUUACGCCACGCGUCCUGAAGGAUACUACAGUUCUUUGGAGAAUAUAAAGAACAUUUCUCCUGACGCUUGCGCUUGGGUUGUGGAGAGUGAGCCUCACCGUUGGGCUAACGCUUUGUUCGAAGGAGAGAGGUAUAACCACAUGAACUCCACUUUCGGGUUAGAUUUCUACAGCUGGGUCACUGAAGCGCACGAGCUGCCUAUAACUCAAAUGAUAGACGAGCUCAGAGCGAAGCUGAUGCAAACGAUCUACACGAGGCAGGUGCAGUCCCGGGAGUGGGUUGGGACAGUGCUAACACCAAGUAACGAGGAGAAGCUGCGGAAGGAGAUGGAACUCGCUAGGUCGCUUCAGGUGUCGCGGCCUCACGAUAGCUUAUUCGAGGUUCAUGGUGGUGAAUCCAUCAAUGUAGUUGAUAUCGACCAGUGUGAUUGUGACUGUAAGGUGUGGAGAUUGACUGGUUUGCCGUGUAGCCACGCGGUUGCGGUGAUUGAGUGCAUAGAGAAAAGCCCUUAUGAGUACUGCUCUAGGUACUUGACAUCGGAGAGUUAUCGGUUGAUGUAUGCUGAGUCUAUUAACCCUGUCCCUAACGGGGGGAUGAUGUCGGAGGAACAGCCUAUUGAAGGGGUUGUUUCGGUGACGCCGCCGCCCACUAGGAGGACACCGGGGAGACCAAAGAGUAAGCAAGAGGAACCGGUAGACAUGAUCAAGCGUCAACUUCAGUGUAGCAACUGCAAGGGGUUGGGACAUAACAAGAAGACCUGCAAAGCUGGGUCUGAGGUACAGACGGAGAGACAGGAUUAAGACAAAACAUAGUUAUGGUUAGCUGACUUGGCCCAACAUUUUGGUUUUUGUCCCUCUAGUUGUUGGUUUUAGGUGUGGAAGGUUGUGCGACCAAGCGAACAGAGACCAACCAGCACUUAAUCUCUGCUUUUAAUUGGCAUUAAACUUGAUGUAGUUCACAUUUUUGUCAUAAAUUUUUGGAAUUACAGUCCAUAUUAAA